UUUUUGUUUAUAAUUUAAAGAAUAUGAAUUUUAAUGAGGCCCCAGUAAAUCCCGGCCGGGGUAGACCGCGACGGGGUAAUCUGCCCUUCAUGGGCCCUCCGAUUUCCACAAGAACACCGAAAUCUCGCAGCCGUAGCUGUUUGUCGUCGAGCAGGACUUCGGAUUUGCCUUGGGGGAGAAGCCACGAAAGCAUAAUUCUCAACUCACCGGGCAAUAAAAAGUCGGUAUCUUCCAAAACAACUACCAGUGAAAGUGAUGAAGAAAAAAUUAUCGUUGCAAUAACCGAAGGAAGAGGUGAAGCCAGAUGCGAAGUGGGUAUAGCUGCGGUCAACGUCUCUAGGCCCAUUCUCAUGCUGUGCCAAACGUCAGAUUCGCAAAGCUACUCAAAUACGCUGACCAAGUUAAAUAUCAUCAAUCCUCACAUGAUUAUUUACCCAGCUACGUUUGAAACAACUGGCAAUCGACUAAUUUCUGAAAUCAAAAAACGUUUGCCAAAUAAAAAAAUUGUAGCUUAUCAACGAAAGGCAUUCAAUAAGGCAAACGGUUUGGAUAAACUUUACAAAAUUUGCAUCUCGCACAGUUUUCCUUUAAUAUUGAUGAUCAAAAACAGAUAUUAUGCAUUAGCAGCAGCUUCAGGCCUCUUAACUUACCUACAAGACAUCUUAUACAUUUACUACUCAACUAAUUCCAUUAAAAUAGAUUAUCAAGCAUCUGAAGGGUAUGCUAUAAUCGACAUUGCAACUGCAGAUAGACUAGAAUUGGUGUGCAGCAACCAACCUGCUCAGGCCAAUAGGUAUUCGAGUCUUUUUGGUAUAAUGAACAGAUGCCUUACCAGAGUGGGCACAAGACAUAUGAGGACUAUUAUUUUGCAACCCUUAUAUUCUAGUAAAAAAAUUAACGAAAGGUUGGAUUGUGUGGAAGAGUUAAUCAACAAAAAAGAAAUCCUAUUGGCCAUGCAAGGAGUUUUACCGAAAUUGUCUAGUGUUGAUCAGCUUUUGUCUUUGAGUACUCUGGUUCCAGAAGAUCCACAGGGAUGCUCAAAUAGGCAAUUAAAUUAUCUUUUAUUGUUAAACGGUGUAGUGGACACAAUUGAGCCAUUAAAUGAAGCUUUGAAAAAUGCUACUCAGCCAUUUUUCCUGAAUUUCCGAGAAACUUUAUGCGAUGAAAAUUUUGAGGCUAUUAAAAAUUUACUAAGGCAAACUAUCCACGAGGAUGCGUAUUCGGCAAGAGGCCAACAAGCUGACCAACAGAGAAUUUGGGCCAUCAAACCAGAGAUUAAUGGACUAUUGGAUUUGGUUAGGAAAACUUUUUCUGAGCGGAUUGAAGAUAUGAGAGAAUACAUAAAAAAUCUAAGCACCAAAUACGAUUUGCCUUUGACGUUAUCGAAUAAUAAUAAAAAAGGAUAUCACAUUGUUUUGAGUCUAAAUCAGAAUCAGAGAAAGCAUAUGAAGAGUUCAGAUUUGCCAGAAGAAUUUAUACAGGUUUUCCGUUCGGCCAAUAGUUUUACCAUGAAAACAGCCGAAUUAGUUAAUUUAUCUACUAGAAUUGAUGAUAUUUUAAGGGAUUUGUUUUCUUUGAGCAACUUAACACUCUACAAGACAAUACUCGAAAUAAAGCAAUACGCAUCUCUUUUCUAUGAACUAGUCGAAGGGAUUUCUUAUUUAGAUAUUUUGCAAUCUCUAGCUGAAGCUAGUCAAGCAAAUAGCUGGGUCAGACCAACAUUUGCCGAAUACACUGACGUCAGCCAUGGUCAUCAUCCACUUUUAGACUUUUUGUGCCAGAAGACACCAGUAUCUAACCCUGUGGCUACUUGCGAGCAUUACAACUUGCACAUCAUCACAGGACCGAAUGGAGCUGGAAAAAGUAUCUUUAUACGUCAAGUUAUGCUUUUGCAGAUCAUGGCUCAAGCAGGAUGUUUCGUUCCCGCUGAAAAAGCCAUCUUCAGGCCGUCAGAUAAAAUGUUUGCUCGGAUUUCUAAUGAAGACGAUAUGGAAAGUAAUGCUUCAUCUUUUGUUCUUGAGAUGACUGAAGUAGACUACAUCCUGACCACAAUGACUGACAAUUCCUUGAUUAUAAUUGACGAACUUUGUCGAUCAACCUCCAUGGAAGAAGGCACAGCGAUCGCAAUGCAAAUUUGCGACACCCUGGCUAGAUCGAAGGCUUUCACCUUUGUUACCACCCAUUUUAUAAUGCUCACCAAACUAGCAGAAUUGUUCAUAAAUAUUAAAGUAUGGCAAUUGGAAACAGUCCCUAUUGGAGAAACUCGUGACCCCAAAGCCUUGAAGCUGAAUUUCAAAUUCAGCUUAGUUCCAGGUGUUACAAGUAUAAGGGGUUAUGGAAUCUAUAUGGUCAGAGGUAUUUGGCCGGAGGAAGUUAUGAAGCAUGUUGAUCAGUUGCAGGAAUCUUAUGUCCCAAAAGCCAAUAAUCCUAAUUUUCCCUCAAUAGACAAACGUGUCAGACUUCGUUACGCCUUGGAUUGCAAAUUAAAUAAAUUGAAAUUACGCAAAAGAUUCACUUUGGCUCAACUUAAUGAACUUAUUGCCGAAUUUGACAGUGAAAUGCAGAAGCUUGGCACUGAAGACUAUGAAUAUUCUCAAAACAUUAUUAAUCAGUUUCAAGAUGUUUCGAACAAUGGCUUAGUUGUACUGGAUCAUUCAAUAUUUGAUGGUUCCCAAUCCCAAAUAAAUCCUUUAGCGUCUCAGGGGGAUCUUGGAAUACAACAACAAAGUCAGGGGAUGUACCAAAGCAUGCCACGCAUGCGAGGAUUAUUCACACCAGACAUUUCUUCUCAAUCCACUGAAAUUGAUAAUAAUAAUUUCUUUAAUUUGCCUCCAAAUAAUGAGCCUGAAAUAAAUUUCAAUUAUGAUAACAGCCAGUGUAGUACUACUAGUCUCAACAUGAGAGAAAGAGUUUUGAGUCAGGAAAUACGGCAAGAUGAGCCCUUUUUCCAAGUCCCCUCACUGCCUAGAGUUCCUCCUUCAGUACAAGAAUCGCCGUUUAUCGGUACUUUCUUCCGUCCGUUCCAAGAAGAUUCUACAAAAACUUCUACACAAAUUCAACAUGACGCAAAAGGUUUUGAGGACAGCUCAAGUUUGUUUUCGAUUUCAAAAAGGUACGCUGGCGAUGUUGCUCAUGUAAGCACCGAUAGGUUGAGUUUUAGUUUUCCACGUCACCAAGAGAAUGAUAUCGAUAUUGCAUCGAUAGUAGAAGAUUUGGAAUCGUUUGCCGAGGAAAUUGAGAAUAAUGACGAGAAUAAUGAUGGUGGUACUAUCCAAAAUGAUGACUUAUCACAACCAUCAUCCGGUGCAAUAUCACAAAAUUUUGAAGCUAUUUUGCAACAAGAAAGCAAGAAUCUUUUCCAAGCACCACAAGUGAGAGAAUCGCCAUUUACCAGUACUUUUUUGCGUCCGCUACAAGCAGAUUCUGGAAAAACUUCCACGCCCAUGGUCAGUCGAAAUCAACUGGAUGGUAAAAUUUUCAGAAAUAGUUCCUUAACCGAUAGGAACUUUAACAUGCAAGAGGAUGAUUUGGAUAUUGCUUCAUUGGUGGAUAAUCUAAAACCGUUUGGCGAGGAAAUUGAAAAUAAUGCCGAAAAAGAUGCUGUCAUUUAUAAUGAUGACUUAUCUCAACAAUUCAUUGAAGCCAUUAUGUUUCAAGAUGAAAUGAAUAAGCCACUUUUCAAAGCUGUCCCACAACAAGUACCGCAAUCGUCAUUGGCUAGUACUUUCUUUCGUCCGCUAGAGGGAGAUUCUAAAAAAACUACGCUAGGCAAGCAAGAGGAUGAUGCUUUAAUGGUGCAAAAUAUGGAACCAUUUGUUGGAAAAAUUGUGAAUAAAGACAAGACUGACAUUUCUAGUGAGGUGACAAAAACUCAAACCAAACUAAAACACUUGGAUAUUUUCCCAAGAGUUCGUAUAAAGCUAGGCCCAGGUGCAAUAUCAGAAGAAUCUAUUAAAGAUGAUACUAAUAUCAAUGAUGAAGGUACAACAGUUAGACCAAUCCUAAGAAAUCUACAUGUAUCAAUGAGUCCAAUACAACCUAUUAUUGAAAGUAGAUUAGAUGAACCAGAAAUUACUAAAGAAAAAGGACAAAGUGAACAAGUAGAAUCUGAUACAAAUUUUGACGAAUACGCCCAGCCGCCUAAUGAUACUGAUGAAAUUAUUGAGGCCGUCAAUAAUCUAGAAACUGAGGAUUCAAUUAAAGGCGACAAACAAAACGACUUUGACGUAAAUUUUGAAGCUCGAAAUGGCGGAUUAAUGGAGGAAGACACGAAAGCUGCUUGUACAGUAAACCAACAAGAAGAAAAUAAUACUACUGAAGAUGAGGCAGAAAAGGAAAAAAAUUCUGAUUCAAAACAUACUAGUGACUCAAUAAUAACUCAAGGAAGUAUUAGUUAUUCACCUUUCGUGCCUAGGGAAGAUGACUCUAGUGCAAAUCAUGAAAUCAUUGAAGAUGAAGGCGAAAAUAAGCGCAAUGAUAAUGAAGGAUUCAAAGAAUUAAAAAAACAAGAAGAAAUUCCUAAAAAUAAAGAAACAAUAGAGGAAAAUAAAAGAAACGAAAACUUGAAGAGAAUUGAUGAAGUCAUAGAAAUAUUUUCAGGUCAAGAUGGUCAAGAUAUGCAACACAAAAACUCAACUAUUGACUUUGAUUUGGAGUCUCACCUAACCAAUCCACUUUUUCCCCAUGUUUCUUUAAUGGGUGAAGAAGAUUCCAUACAAUAUCAAACCUAUGAUACAGAUUUUGAUAGAAGCACUGAAAAAUGUUUCACUCCUAAUGCAAAAGAACCAAUAAUUCCUUCAAAGAAAGUUGAUUUAAUUUCAGAAAUUAUAUUGAAACGAAAAAAUACUGAACAAAAAUCUUCAAACAAUGUCAAAGAAAGUGUUACUAAGCCACAAGAACAUUAUUCCCGAAUGGAAGAAGUGAAUACAUCAUUAUCCAAAAUUAAUGUCAAACGCAAAGCUCCAAAAGUAUUCACUCCUUCAAAAAAAAUUAAACCUAGUUCCGAAUCAAGCAAUUCAAAAAAAUCAACACCCUCACUUAAAUCAAGCGACUCAAAAAAAAGUAUUUCUGAAGCCUCAAAACUGCGAAAUUUGGACGGUGAUUUCAGUACUACCAGUACUUCUAGCGGCCCAAAGAAGGUCGAAACGUCCAGCACCAGUUUAUCAAGUGCGUCUAAAAAAAGAGAUUUGGAGAAAUUGAAUAGGUCCUCCACUAAGAAAAAAACCAAGAAAUUCGUUGCACCUUUAAAAAAACGUAGUAGUGAGAAUAAUGAAGUGGUAGAAAGUGUACCUUUGAAAAAAUCAUUGGCACCGCUGCUACGUUAUCCAGCAUUGAGCCAGAAAGCCAUAAGGGACGAAUUUUUCGAACAGGAUAAGAAAUUCUACGAAAGUAGCGGAAGCUCUGUGGAAUUAGCUAGAGUUUGGGAGGAACGCUUAAAAAGACCACCACGCCCUACUCCAAAGCAAAUACAGCAAACAACUUGUUUGGCUACCAUAAGGAAAACCCAAGAAGGAGUUCUGGUUAUUCCUGAAGAGAAAAAAAAGGCAACAAGAUCUUCAUCUGGGAAUUUUUUGAAAUCGUUUGUAUCUCCGCCAAGUUCGGUCAACAUGAACAUUUUCAGCGAUCGCAAUGCCAAAACGUUUGAGCGAUUUAUAAGAUCCGACAAAAAAGAUUACAAGUUGUUCAAAUUCAAUUUUGGACAACCUCCUAGCCAGAAUGACGAGGAGAAUAUGUUUAAUUUUCAACGAGUAGAAUCCGCUGAGUACACUCAGACAAGUCAAUCGUGGACUUUCGUGCGCAAACGUUCGGACGAACUAGAUAAUCCGACCAUGAGUCUAAAUUCCACAAGUGAAGAAUUUGGAUUGACCAGCGAAAAACUGUUCAGACGGAAUAAUAGCGAAGAGUUUGGGAGUUUUAUGAAAUUUAUAUGAGAGACUGAAAAUUAGAUAAGCCUAUUUAAUUCUCCAUGUUACUCAAGUUAUGUUAUUGUUCAAUAAAUUAUUGGUAGACA